UUUAGGAAUGGGUCCGAAACAUAUUUAGUUAGUCAAGACAGUUACGGAGAAGAGUUGAAAACACCUGAUGAUUUCAUGGACAAUCCGCUCCAUAUCUCAUUUAAGUGUUGAAAGAUAAUCUACCUCGAAUCUUGAUUUUUGUUGAGUUUUGUGUUAUUUAUCUGAAGCCUCUCCAGUUGUAAAUCUCAUAUUGUUCAUUUUUAUAGAAAUACUUAGAAAUAACGUAACUAGGUGAUAAGGAAACAUUGCACUAUAUUUUGGAUUGUUUCUAUUCUACUAUUUUGCACUAAAAUAUUGGUGAAGAUGCACACCACGCAGAAGGACACGACCUACACGAAGAUUUUUGUCGGGGGUCUUCCGUAUCACACCACGGAUUCCAGUCUCAGGAAAUAUUUUGAAGUGUUCGGAGAAAUUGAAGAAGCUGUCGUGAUUACCGAUCGACAGACCGGCAAAUCCAGGGGGUAUGGAUUUGUGACGAUGGCUGACCGCUCGGCUGCAGACAGGGCCUGUAAAGAUCCGAACCCCAUCAUCGAUGGUAGGAAAGCCAAUGUCAACCUGGCGUACCUGGGGGCCAAGCCACGGGUGAUGCAGCCAGGUUUCACCUUUGGUGUUCCACAAAUUCAUCCUGCCUUUAUCCAAAGGCCUUAUGGGAUCCCUGCUCACUAUGUGUACCCUCAGGCCUUCAUGCAGCCAAGCACCAUGGUCAUCCCUCACGGCAUGCAGCCCAGUGCUGCCUCUGCCUCCACUGCCUCCUCCCCGUACAUCGACUACACCGGAGCAGCCUACGCACAGUACUCCGCCGCCGCAGCUAGCGCUGCUGCCGCCGCAGCCUACGAGCAGUAUCCCUACGCCGCCUCCCCUGCGGCAGCCGGGUACCUAACCGCAGCCGGUUAUGGCUAUGUUCAGCAGCCCCUGGCUACGGCCGCACCGGGUUCAGCCGUCGCUGCAGCCGCAGCCUUCGGUCAGUACCAGCCUCAGCAGCUGCAAGCAGACCGCAUGCAAUAGCAGCCACUGCAGCCAUUGGACACAACGGGAUGGGAGGCCCGCGGCCGGCCUCGGCUGAUUGGCUGUGAAGAGGAGAGGACGAUGAAGAGGAAGAGAGAGGGGCCAUGUCGGUAAGAGGGUGAUGAUGAUGAUGGUGAGGUGGGAACUCCAUACAGUAGCUUUCCAACUUGCUGUGUUUAAACCAAAAACUUUAUAAAUUCACAAAACUAAGUAAGGAAGGUGGAUUUAUCCUUAUGAUUAUUAUUGUUGUUAUUAAUAUAAUUAUUACUAUCAUUAUAAUUGUAGUAGAGUAUUUAUUUCUAGAGGAGAAAUGCAACAACUAAUCACAGUGGUUGUAGCUUGGUGUAAAACAUGACUUUAUGUUCCAUUGCUGUCAUUAACAUAGGAGAGAGAGAGCGUUCUCUUUAUGGGACACUUAGACGUGUCCCGAAGUGCCCUUGCAACCUAUAUUUACUAUCACAUUUCGAGGGCUCUUGUCCUUCUGUCUUUUCAAGUGCAUUGAAGUAAAUUGUCUGAUAAUCAGGGAAAUGUAUCAGUUUCCAGUGUCUUAGUAAAGACAACCUCUGCAUGUCAGGGAGUAGUUGAAAUAACUGUGGAGAAAAGGAGAAGAUUUGUAGCUCGUGUCACACGUUAAGAACUACCUUUUUAACUUCCUGAUGAUGAAUGUCCCUUUUUUGACUCUGUAUCUUGACCUCUUGACCUAUGCAAAGCAAACAAUUUACCAGGAGACAAAAAAACUGCAGGAAUAACCGAAAAUGCCGUCAACUCUUCAAAGGGCAUCACAAACAAUAUGAAGGCAACUCACAGAGAGAGAAAGAAAAGCAUGUUUUCAGACAAUGAGAAGCACCAAAUCUGUUAGUCUCAAACACAUACACAUGGCUGCAUGCAAACACACGCACACACACACACGCAUACUCUGUUGCGUACAUAGUGGGAAAGGUCAAUGGGCCCAGUCGUGCUCUCUGCCUCUGUGCAAUGGGAUCUAGUCAGAGAGAAAGAGAGAGGGAGGGAGAGGGAGAGAGAGAGGGAGCAGCUGGGGAGGGGGCUGGCACAGUUCGCCCAGCGCCACACAGACGGAUCACUCUGGAAAUAACGCAUCACUUGUCCUCAUUUGUUGAGCUGUCACAUUUUAAUCCCGGGGCCCAUUUGGGAACUGUCUCUCCUCUGUCCUGCCUGCCUGGCCCUGUCAGCACUUCCACCUCUGUCCUUUAUCCUCUGUCCUAGAGCCGACCGGCUGGGCUGGUGUCAGGUACACACACACUUCCCUCCUAAGCUAACCCUCACCAACCCCCUGGCCCUGUACCCACUCCUCACAGCCUCACCAACCCCCUGACCCUGUACCCACUCCUCACAGCCUCACCAACCCCUGGCCCUGUACCCACUCCUCACAGACUCACCAACCCCCUGACCCUGUACCCACUCCUCACAGCCUCACCAACCCCCUGACCCUGUACCCACUCCUCACAGCUUCACCAACCCCCUGGCCCUGUACCAACCCCCUGACCCUGUACCCACUCCUCACAGACUCACCAACCCCCUGACCCUGUACCCACUCCUCACAGCCUCACCAACCCCCUGACCCUGUACCCACUCCUCACAGCCUCACCAACCCCCUGACCCUGUACCCACUCCUCACAGCCUCACCAACCCCCUGGCCCUGUACCCACUCCUCACAGCCUCACCAACCCCCUGGCCCUGUACCCACUCCUCACAGACUCACCAACCCCCUGACCCUGUACCCACUCCUCACAGCCUCACCAACCCCCUGGCCCUGUACCCACUCCUCACAGCCUCACCAACCCCCUGACCCUGUACCCACUCCUCACAGCCUCACCAACCCCCUGACCCUGUACCCACUCCUCACAGACUCACCAACCCCCUGACCCUGUACCCACUCCUCACAGCCUCACCAACCCCCUGGCCCUGUACCCACUCCUCACAGACUCACCAACCCCCUGGCCCUGUACCCACUCCUCACAGCCUCACCAACCCCCUGGCCCUGUACCCACUCCUCACAGCCUCACCAACCCCCUGACCCUGUACCCACUCCUCACAGACUCACCAACCCCCUGACCCUGUACCCACUCCUCACAGCCUCACCAACCCCCUGACCCUGUACCCACUCCUCACAGACUCACCAAUCCCCUGACCCUGUACCCACUCCUCACAGACUCACCAAUCCCCUGACCCUGUACCCACUCCUCACAGACUCACCAAUCCCCUGACCCUGUACCCACUCCUCACAGACUCACCAAUCCCCUGACCCUGUACCCACUCCUCACAGCCUCACCAACCCCCUGACCCUGUACCCACUCCUCACAGACUCACCAAUCCCCUGACCCUGUACCCACUCCUCACAGCCUCACCAACCCCCUGACCCUGUACCCACUCCUCACAGACUCACCAAUCCCCUGACCCUGUACCCACUCCUCACAGACUCACCAAUCCCCUGACCCUGUACCCACUCCUCACAGACUCACCAAUCCCCUGACCCUGUACCCACUCCUCACAGACUCACCAAUCCCCUGACCCUGUACCCACUCCUCACAGACUCACCAAUCCCCUGACCCUGUACCCACUCCUCACAGACUCACCAACCCCCUGACCCUGUACCCACUCCUCACAGACUCACCAAUCCCCUGACCCUGUACCCACUCCUCACAGACUCACCAACCCCCUGCAGGCGCUUGACAUAUGAAUCUAUGGGUUCUUAGUGUGCCUUACAUUUGUAUUGCUAUUUAAGAGAGUAAGAAAGGAGAUCUACUAUUUAAGAUAUUUAUUUUGAGAUUGGACUAUGUUCUAUGCGCUCUAAGGACAGAGAAUUAGUGGUGGUACUGUAUUCAUUUUAUUAUGUAUUCAUCUCAAGGUAUAUAAGUUAUUGAGUAGAUUUAGUUGUAUUAUAAUUAUUAUUAACAUACUCAACCAAAAAUGUUAAUGUAGGAUUUAUAUAAGAUACAAUUCUGUAUGUGCACUGUACAAUUAUACUUUUUGCCCUUUGAAAUCUUAGAAUAAAUAUUGGUUAGUUGAAUGCCUUUUCUAUGAAACUUUAUUUAAAUGCAGGCCUAUUUGCGUGCAGACUGUUACUCUGUCUCUUUUGUGUUUAGAACGGUUGGAAAAGACAAACAAAAUCCUGACAAAAAUGAGCUAAUUGCUGCUUUAUACAUUAGAAUGUAUAGUUAUUGUCAUGGUUCGGAUAGUUGUGCUUCUAUUGCUUUCAAUAUACAUCAGAUGGGCUAUUUUACACUGUUGGGAAUUUUUAUACUUGAACUAUUUCUUACAAGGGAAAAUAUGAACAAUAAAUGACAAAAAAAAACACAUUUUAAGGAAGCUUUUUAUUGUCACUGGAUUAAGGCAUGUACAGUGUUAUUUACUAUAUUUAAAUGCAAAGGUCCUGUUGGUAGUAAAAAGGUAUUUCAGAAUUUCAACACUAUUUACUCUAAAUUGAAAUAAAAGGUUAUAUAUUUAAAAAGAAUACUGUUUUUUUUAAAAGAUGGAUGUUGAAAUGAUGUUAAGUUGAUGUCAAAUUGAUGUUAAGUUGAUGUUGAAUUGAUGUUGUCUUCAGGUUGGGUGUCUUUUUGUGGGCUUUAGUAUGGAGGCCUGAGACCAUUGAUAGUCUGCAGAGCAAAUUAGGAAUGAAGCUGCCAAAGCUGUUGAUGUCUAUUAAACACCUAUAAACAGA